AUGCGGGUGCCCUUGGGCGCUCUGGCCGGGGCGGCGGCGCUCACCGGGGCGCUCAGCUUCGUGCUACUGGCUGCCGCCAUCGGCACGGACUUCUGGUACAUCAUCGACACCGAGCAGCUGGAGCUCAGCAGUCUUGGGGCGCGGGAUCCGGAGGGGGCCGCCAACCUCAGCCAGCCCGAGCCUCUGAGCUCCCACUCUGGCCUCUGGCGGACCUGCCGGGUCCAGAGCCCGUGCACGCCGCUGAUGAACCCCUUCUGGCAGGAGAACGUGACAGUCAGUGAAUCCAGCCGACAACUUCUCACCAUGCACGGGACGUUUGUGAUUCUGCUGCCGCUCAGCCUGAUCCUCAUGGUCUUUGGGGGCAUGACGGGCUUUCUGAGCUUCCUCGUCAGAGCCUGCCUCUUGCUUCUGCUCACUGGGGUCCUCUUCCUCUUUGGAGCCACGGUGACCCUCGCUGGGAUCAGCGUCUACAUCGCGUACUCGGCCGCCGCCUUUCAGGAGGCGCUGUGUCUCCUGGAGGAGAAGGCCCUCCUGGACCAGGUGGACAUCCACUUCGGCUGGUCCCUGGCCCUGGGCUGGAUCAGCUUCAUCACCGAGCUGCUCACCGGGGUGGCCUUCCUGGCAGCAGCCCGAGAGCUCCGCCUGAGACGGAGGCAGGACCAGGCCAUAUGA